GGAAAUCUCACCAAUAACUUUUUCAUUCUCCCCUCUUUCAUUUCACACACACACACUUGCUUCAAAUUGCUAAUAUUCACAAUCACAUUUAUACCUUAUAAUAGUAGUGAUAAAAUACUCUAUUUGCAAGUAUGUCUCAAGUCUUUUUCUUCUAAUAGCAUAGUAUAUUUCCAUUUAAAUAUAAUCAAAAUUUGAAAAAUUAAAAGGUAUUGCGUUCACAAUCAUAUUCAUAUUCAUAUUCAUAUUCGCCUCUCUCUUCUUCAGCAUGAGAAAAAAUGGAGUCUUGAAUAGUUUAAUUUAGUUCCACUUUGAAGAGAGCUGCUGCUGCUGCUUGAUGUUGAGCAGAAGCUUAUUCUAAUAGUGGCCUCUUUCUCCUCUCCAAUAAAAGCCAACAAUGAUGAAUUCUACAUCCACGCAUUUUGUUCCCUCGAGACGGAUGGGUAUAUAUGAGCCGAUCCAUCAAAUGGGUAUGUGGGUAGAUUUCAAAGGCAACGAUUGUCUGGAUGCAUCUCCUCCGAUGAUUCUGGAGGUUGACCCUAAACUGGAUAAUCAGUCAGAGGAUACUUCACACGGAACGGUAGGACCUUCACAUAAAUACGACCAAGAAGCAAGUAAACCACCUAAGGUAUUAAGGCGUCUAGCACAGAACCGUGAGGCUGCUCGUAAAAGUCGUCUCAGGAAAAAGGCCUAUGUUCAGCAAUUAGAAAGCAGUAAACUAAGACUUAUUCAGUUAGAGCAAGAGCUUGGCCGGGCCCGGCAACAGGGGCUGUACGCGGGAAGUGCUUUAGAUGCUAGUCCACUGGAUUAUGCUGGGUGUACGAACCCAGGUAUUGCUACGUUCGAACUGGAAUACGGACAGUGGGUGGAAGAACAAGAUAGAGACCUAUCUGAUCUGAGGGAUGCUUUGCAUUCAUCAGAAACUAGAGACUCGGAACUGCAAAAAUUCGUUGACGACGGACUUAGGCAUUAUUUUGAGCUUUUCAGAAUGAAAGCUAUAGCAGCGAAAACUGAUGUGUUCUAUCUCAUGUCUGGCAUGUGGAAAACUUCGGCUGAGCGCUUUUUCUUUUGGAUUGGUGGAUUCCGGCCUUCUGAACUUCUAAAGGUUCUCUUACCGCAUCUGGAGCCGUUGUCUGAACAACAAUGUUUGGAUCUUGGAAAUCUGGCGCAAUCGUGUCAGCAAGCAGAAGACGCGUUAUCGCAGGGAAUGGAACAACUCCACCUAAUUGUGGGGGAAGCCGUAGCCAAACAGCUCGGUGAAGGGAACUAUCUCCCAAUGGUAGGUGCUGCCAUUGAGAAGUUGGAUGAUCUGGUCAGGUUCGUGGGCCAGGCAGACCAUCUGAGGCAGGAAAUUCUGCAGCAUAUUUUGCGGAUACUCACCACCCGGCAGGCAGCUCGAGGGCUGCUUGCUUUGGGUGAGUACUUUCAGCGUCUCCGGGCAUUGAGUUUGCUUUGGUCAUCGCGGCCUCGUGAAUCGUCCUAGUUCGUGGAACCUCUCAUCACCUAUGUGUUGAUGUGUAUAGUUAGCUACCAAAUUUCAGUUGUCUGUUUGCACAUUUUUGAUCUGCUUCCAGUCAUUCAACAGUUGUAAAUAUAAUUACAUGGUUUAUAUUUAGGGUUCAGGGUUUGCACAUUGUUGUUGUUUGCAUUGCUAUUUGUAGUUAAUAUAUAUGAUCGUUGUAUAUUUUAAAAA